AAUGUCAAUAUUGUUUGUUUACACGUGAUUUUAAAAUUUUAUUCCCAGUGAAUAUUUUAUAUACAAUUAAGUGUAGUUAGUAGAUAAAACACAUUUGACAAGUAAAUUAUCGCGAAUGUACACCAUAAAACACCGAUUACCUAAGUAGUUCGAACUAAAUGUGCUAUCAGCAUUGUUUUAGAUUGUUCAGUAUAUGUAAAGCAUUUUUCUAAACGAAAACAAGUUUAUAAUAACUGUUAUUUUACGAUGGAGCAAGAGGAAGUUUGCGAUUUACAAGUGAUACUAAGGGAGAAAACGUUUUAUAUAAAAGCAGCAAAAUAUUGGGAAAAAAUACCAGCAACUGUUGAUGGAAUGUUAGGAGGGUUUGGAUUUAUUUCUCAUACUGACAUUGCUGGUUCAAAAAAAUUUUUAAAGUCUCUUUUUUCUAAUGAAGAUUUGAAGAUAGAAAGACAAUAUGCUCUCGAUUGUGGCGCUGGUAUUGGUAGGAUAACAGGAAAUUUGCUUAGCAAAUUUUUUGAUAAAGUUGAUUUAGUAGAACAAAAUCCGAAAUUUUUAGAGCAAGCAAAAUCGUAUUUAAAACAUUCCACGAGUAGAGUAGGACGAUUUCACUCUGUAGGUUUACAAGAUUUUUGCCCUGAACCAAAAAAGUAUGAUGUGAUAUGGUGCCAAUGGGUUCUGGGUCACUUGAAUGACGAAGACUUAAUCAAAUUCUUUCAAAACUGCCGUCAAGGACUGAAAAAAAAUGGAAUUUUGAUUGUUAAAGAAAAUGUCACAACUUCAAAUAAAAAGGAAAUAGAUAAAGAAGACUCCUCGUGUACCCGUCCUAAAGCAGAACUAUUGGAAGUUAUUGAGAAGUCAGGCUUUAAAGUUGUCAGAGAAGAAAGGCAAUGCCAUAUGCCAGAUGGACUCUAUCCAGUCUAUAUGUUUGCUUGUAAACCAUGCGAAGAUACAAAUUCAAACUUGGAUAACUCACAUUGAUAUUAAUUAUUU